CAAAACUAUUUUCUAUUAAGUUAUUUAUAAAACAAAUGUAUUAGCGUUUACUCUGUCAGUCCUGUAGGUGGCGCCACUACCAUCGCUCCAGCACUUAAACGAAGAAGAAAUACGCUUCUAGUCCUCCAACAUGGCGCCUCCCAGGAGGUUGAAACGCGUGGCGGUAUCGCAGCCGGGGUUUUUAACUUUAAAUCCCAAAGUAGCUCCGGCAGACUUGGUCAGCAGGCGGAGAAAACGCGUCAAUAAGAAUAAGAAGAAGAACUGGAACAAAUACAGCGAUGUGCAGGACGUAGAGGAGUUUUUAGAAGACGUCAGACAUCAGGAGAGGACCACGGGGGGACUGCUGUCUGAGAAAUCAGACGACAGUUUGUUCUUUUUGGAUGCUGGACAGCCGAAGAAACCUGAACCGAAAGAAGCUGCAGAACCAGUCGAGAGAAAGAAGAGGAAAGGGAGGUCCUCGCGUCCUCUGAGGAUAGACCUGAUCCUCCAGCAGGACUCCCUCGUUGCACCGCCUAAAGAUGUGCUCGCUCACCAGAAACCGAAUGCCAAGAAACUUCGUCGCGCUGCCCAGAGGGUGGAGCAGCUGGCAGCCAAAGGUGUGGUCCCACGGAGCCAGAAACGGCUGCUGAACAGCCAGCCUGUCGACAGGAAGGUCAAGAAGGCAGAAACACAGGCCAACAACAACCCAGAGAGAGACUUUUACGACAUCUGGGAACAAGAGCCCAAAGAAUCAGGUGAUCCCUGGUACCUUCAGCAGACGGGCAAGAAGCUUGUCAAGCGUCCAGAGAAGCUGAACGAGAAACCGUCUGUGCUCCCGGCUGUAGAGGUGAUCGCUGCUGGAGGAUCCUACAACCCAGACUUCUUUUCCCACCAGGCGCUGCUUCAGGAAGCCCACGAGGUGGAGGUCAAAAAAAAAAAGGAAGAAGACAAAAUAGAGAAACAGCUGGCUUACAACAAAGACGACAGAGCUACAGAGGAGACGAUCCUCCGUGAGCAGGUAGAAGGCUUGGUAGAGGAGGAGAGUGAAGAAGAAGAAGAAAAGGAAGAAACUCCUAAGGAUGAUGGGGAAGAAGUGGCAGCGGGAGCCAUCGCGGUGGCAGACAAGAAGACUGAAAGACAGAGAAAGAAAGAGAAGGCCGAAAAAAUGAAGGAGAAGCAGCGUCUGGCAGAGAGGCGGCAGACUGAACAGCAGCAGCAGCUCUUCCAGCUUCGCUCCAUAAAGACCUCCAUCAAACAGCAGGAAGAGAAGACCAAGAUCAGACAGAAACGACGCAAAGCCAAGGAGGAGGCCCAGAAGGCUCAGCCCAGGCGCCUCGGCAAGCUCAAGUUUCAGCCUCAGCACAUGGAGGUUCAGCUGAGUGACGAGCUGGCUGGAUCCCUGCGACAACUCAAGCCAGAGGGCAGCGUGCUCACAGACCGCUUCAAGAGUCUGCAGAAGAGGAACCUUAUUGAACCCAGAGAAAGAGCCAAGUUCAAGAGAAGACUGAAGGUGAAAUAUGUGGAGAAGAGGGCUUUCAGGGAGAUCACUUGAUGCUGACCCACAGACCACAGGACUGAACACAAGAAGCUGGGCGACAUUUAAAACCACAAGUGCAACAUAAUGGAACUGUGUAUAUACGACAUAAUGACUGCCGAGGGCCUGCUCGGUCCUUUCAGACAUUCACAACUGCAAAUCGUUGUCACCUGCAGCAGUGAUAUAUUGAUAUAUAAACUCUGACCAAGAAUGCUGGUUAUGAGUAUUGAUUAUUUCCUCUAGUGCAUCUGCUAUGCAGUCUUUCUAUAAUUUAUUUCAUUUAAAUACCAAUAGUGGUAUUAUUGUGUGUAUCACAUAAGAUCAGCCCUAUUAGAACAACAUCAUCAAAGAGUUUAUAGCACACAGCUGAGCCCAGCUAUCAGUGUGUCACUACGCUGCUCAUACAUGAGUGCAGUCAGAUAGUCUGUUAAAGUGUUCCUACCAUUACCACUGCAGGGUUUGUGUCAGCUCAGUUUCUCAAGAUUAUGGCAUGUUCACACACCUAGACGUUUUAGUAUAUGCUAAACUUGCAGUUGCAUACACAAGUCCUUUUUCACAGAGGCUGCUCAAACAAAGCUGCAGCAGCUGAUCCCAUCAUCCAGUCUGUUUCUACACCCUCUGCUUUAGAUGCUAGGAUGCCCACAUUAAUAAAGCACCAUGCAGCAUACAAAGUUAAGAGAAUGCACAAUAGAAACAAAGUAUGCCUUUUUAAGAUCUUAACAGUUACAUUAGUUGAAUAAGCUGAGUUUUUAAUAGGAGAUUAAUGUUUUUUUGUUUUUUAUAGAAAUAUUGUUUUUUUUGUUUUAAAAAAAAAAAAAAAAAAAAAA